UUUCUAUAUUUGAUUCUUCAUAGAUAUUGGUAUUAACCUAACAGAUCCUAUGUUCAGAGGAAUCUACAGGGGAACACAAAAACAUCAAGAUGACUUUUUGGAUGUGGUAGAGAGAGCAGUCAAAGUUGGUGUUAAAAAGUUUUUGAUUACAGGUGGGAGUCUACAAGACAGUAAAGAUGCAUUGCAGCUGGCACAGACAAAUGAUGUGUUUUACAGUACAGUUGGUUGUCAUCCUACCCGCUGUGGAGAAUUUGAGCAGAGUAGUCCUGAACAGUAUUUAUCUGAAUUAAAAAAUCUGAUUGAAAAAAAUAAGACAAAGGUAAUAGCAGUUGGAGAAUGUGGCUUAGAUUUUGAUAGAUUAGAAUUUUGCCCAAAGGACACCCAACUCAAGUAUUUUGAAAAACAAUUUGACCUGUCAGAACAGACCCAACUGCCCAUGUUUCUUCACUGUAGAAACUCACAUGCUGAAUUUUUAGACAUAAUGAGAAGAAACCGAGAUAGAUUUGUAGGAGGGGUGGUACAUUCUUUUGAUGGCACAAAGGAAGAAGCAGCAGCUAUUAUAGAUUUGGAUCUUUAUAUUGGAAUAAAUGGCUGUUCUUUGAAAACAGAAGCCAACUUGGAAACACUGAAAUCAAUUCCUAGUGAACGAUUAAUGAUAGAAACUGAUGCACCUUGGUGUGGAGUGAAAAAUACUCACGCUGGAUCAAAAUACAUUAAAACUACAUUUCCAACAAAAAAGAAAUGGGAAAUAGGGCACUGCCUGAAGGACAGAAAUGAACCCUGCCAUAUAAUUCAAAUACUGGAAAUAAUGGCGGCAGUAAGAGAAGAUGACGCACUUGAGUUGGCCAAUACUCUGUAUAACAACACUAUUAAAGUCUUCUUUCCAAAUACAUAGUCAUUUUUCUUACAUUUAUUCAGCAUAACUUUAGUAAAUAUAUUGCAAAAACUCAAGAAUUAUAUCUGCAAGUUCUUAUCAAUGGAAGCCAAUAUGUAGUACUUUUUUUUUUAUGGUACAAGAUUAAAGCUGCUUUUGAAAAGGUG